AUGGUCUCCCAGCCCGAGCCUGAGCCCUCCCCGCAACUCUCGUCGCGCCGCCGCGGCUUCUACUCGCCCUCGUCCGUCGUCGCUCGCCCCUCCCUGUCACGCACCAAGCGCUACAACCGCUCCCACACCGGAGGCUCGUCGCAUGCGCCCCAAAACGAGUUCCCCGUCUUCUCCCACAGCGGCGAUGUCGACAUCCUCGUUGCCGCCGGCCCCUCCCAGAACCGCUACCUGCUGCACCGCGACACGCUGGCCCGCUGCAGCGGCUUCUUCGAGGCGAGCACCUCGUCGGAAUGGUCCCGGGCCCAGCCCCUUCUCGCCGGCGGCAACGAGCUGGCCCGCAUCACCGAGGAGACGUCUUCUUCCGUCCCGCAUGACCGCGAGCCCGCCACCAGCGGCCCCAAGAAGCGAUGGGCGUAUGAGCUCGACCCCGGCGCCGGUCCGGGCGACAUCCCCAUGCUCGUCCAGAAAGGCGGCGCCCCCAAUCCAGUCUCCAACAGACCUGCCCUGCCGCCGUCCAUCUUUGGCUCGGCGCCCAAGUCGGAGCACUCGCGUGUCUCCUCCAUGACUUCGCCCGCCUCCAGCCACGUCACCUUCUCGCGCUCCGUCACGCACCUGGGCGUCGCCCCCACCCUGUCCUCGCCCGAGCAGGACCUCCUGCGCGACUACGGCAACCUAUUUCGCAUCUUCUACAACUACCCCCCCGUCCUCGACGGCAUCAACGUGGCCGACGCCUACGUCCAGUGCAAGUCACUGCUAGCCCUUGCCGACCAGUAUGAUGCCCUCGGCGUCGUCGGGCCUCGCGUCGACCACCACCUGCUCCAGUUCCAGUCGCGUCUGUGGAAGCAGAUUGCAAAGUACCCCGUAUCCUAUCUACGCCUCGGCUACCUCGCCCGCAGCAAGGUCAUCUUCCAGGAGGCCCUCAUUCAUGUCGUCGGCCAGUGGCCCGUCGGCGAGCGUAGUCUGCGCGCCGCCUUGCCCGACAUGGUACUCGACAUCAUCGAGGACAAGGUGGACGAGCUGGAGGAGACGGUCGGCCGCGUCGAGGGUCGCCUGUUCCGCCUCGGCCUCACGACCGCCCGGGGUGACCGCGUAACCCCCUCAAACAGUUACCUCGACUGGCUCGUCGUCAGCCUCUUCCGGCAGUGGCUGGCCGACAACACGACGCCUCAGCCCCCGAACAGCCGCAGCGGCCGCAAUCGCUCCUCGUCCCUCCCGCCCCCGUCCGUCACCUGUGUCGGCCGUACAUACCGCACCCUCGGGUCCGGCAGCGCGAGCGCUUUCCUGGGGCACGACGAGUGCAAGCGCUUUCUCAAGCUGACGCCGGAGCUCUACAGCCGCGACAACCUGCGCCGCUUCGAGAAGCGCAUGGACGAGCUCAAGGCCAUGGCCCGGGACGUGGUGCGGCCCCUUCUUGGCAGCGGACUCGAACUCGACAUGGGCGGCUCCAGUAGGACGUCCGAAAGCAUUGGAUACCUGACGUGUACGACAGUCGGCAACAGGGACUUGCCCUGGCCGGUCGAGGGCUGA